GGGGUAGGUUGUAGGCGGGCAGCGCAUGUGGUGGACACGGAACACCCGGGACCUCACCUGCUGCCGCAGCUGGGCCGCCCACCUCACUGCUUCUCAGGAGCGCUCCAGCACGAACCCUGGCGCCGGCUUGAGGACGCCAAGGAGGCAGGGGGGGCCAACAGGGCUGACCGGCCGCCGGCCCACCGGGUUCGCGGCCCGAGCCUAGGAACGCCCCUUGCAGCGGUUGCGGGGCCACCCCCGCGGCUGUGCCAUGACCGACUCUCUCCGCAGAGGGGAUUCUUCCUCAGCGGUUGCUGCAGAGAUAGAUGGAAAGCCUGUUAGACCGUGAGAGGAGUUCGGGGCCGGCCAGUUAGGGGCACUGGGCGUCAGGCCGCCCGCGCUUCCCGGGAUCGUUCCUUCGGCCCCGUGAGGGAGGCCUAGUUGGCCUCCGGGCGCGCGGCGGGCGCAGGGGGCGGGGCAAGGGGGUCCGGCCGGGGCGCGCGCAGGCAUGUUCCUGCGGAGGCCGCCGGCCCUGGCCGCCUGGCUGGCGGGCGCGGCGGCGGCUGGGCGCGCGGGGGCGCGGGGCGGGGGCCUGCUCGCUCUGCUGGCCAAUCAGUGCCGCUUUGUGACGGGCCUGCGCGUGCGGCGCGCGCAGCAGAUCGCGCAGCUGUACGGCCGCCUCUACUCGGAGAGCUCGCGCCGCGUCCUCCUCGGACGCCUCUGGCGCCGGCUGCGCGGCCGCCCUGGCCAUGCCUCUGCCUUGAUGGCGGCGCUCGCGGGCGUGUUCGUGUGGGACGAGGAGAGGAUCCAGGAGGAGGAGUUGCAGAGAUCUAUUGAUGAGAUGAAACGGUUGGAGGAAAUGUCACAUAUGUUUCAGCGCUCUGGAGUUGAACGCCACCCUCCAGAACCAAAAUCCCAGACAGAAGGGACUGAAGAUUCAGGGGGCAAAGAACAGCCAUGGGAAAUGGUGAUGGAUAAGAAACACUUCAAGCUCUGGCGGCGUCCUAUUACAGGCACCCACCUUUACCAGUACAGAGUUUUUGGAACCUACACAGAUGUGACACCCCGGCAGUUCUUCAAUGUUCAGCUGGAUACAGAGUAUAGAAAAAAGUGGGAUGCCCUGGUAAUCAAGCUGGAAGUAAUUGAGAGGGAUGUGGUUAGUGGUUCUGAGGUUCUUCACUGGGUAACCCAUUUUCCUUAUCCAAUGUACUCCCGGGAUUAUGUUUAUGUUCGACGGUAUAGCGUGGAUCAGGAAAACAACGUGAUGGUGUUGGUGUCACGUGCUGUGGAGCACCCUAGUGUUCCAGAGUCUCCAGAAUUUGUAAGGGUCAGAUCAUAUGAAUCCCAGAUGGUUAUCCGUCCCCACAAGUCAUUUGAUGAGAAUGGCUUUGACUACUUGUUGACAUACAGUGACAAUCCCCAGACUGUGUUUCCUCGCUACUGUGUUAGUUGGAUGGUUUCCAGUGGCAUGCCAGAUUUCCUGGAGAAACUGCACAUGGCCACUUUGAAAGCCAAGAACAUGGAGAUCAAAGUAAAGGACUACAUCUCGUCCAAGCCUCUGGAAACGAGUAGUGAAGCCAAGGCUACCACCCCGUCUUCUGAGCGGAAAAAUGAGGGUAGUUGUGGCCCUGCCCGGAUCGAGUAUGCUUGAAGGGCUUUGGGAUAAGAAGGGACAGGCUACUUCUAGCCCUGUCUUGGUCCCUUUUCUGCUACAGAAUGGGAACACAUAUUAGAAGGUGUCUGCUGUAACCACCAGUGCAAGAUAACUCAGUAACUGGUGUCCAAUUUCAUUCAGAGCCCUUGUUGCUCUUUAUCAAAACAGAAGAAGGAGGCAUCCAUGGGGGCGUUGUCAUAUUCUCAGGCCAAGCAUUUUGCGAUUCAGUAUUUCACUGAGCUAAUCUGGAACAAGCCUCUCACCUCAGGCCAGAAGAAGACAACUUCUUUUUGCUUCCUCUGAGUAGUUUCCUCUGCCAACAUUCCAGUUCCCACCAUUGGUUCUGCAGCACUUGGGAUUUCCUUCAGUUCUGAAGGUCCAACUGGAAAGUGCAGUUGGCCGGUUGAGUCUCCAGUGAGGGGUCAUUGGGAAUGCUCUUGGUAACUGUCCUAGUGUUGAAUGGAUGUGAACUGUUGCUUGGCAGUGUAAGUGCCUUGUCCUCACCCUGCUUCUGUCUUUAGGGACAUCAAGUUUGUACCAAGAAAUUUCUCUGUGUCUCCCAAAUACCACCCCAUUGACUCGUCCUACCCAAAGCAGUUUCCUUUGCAUUGGCCAGUUCUGUAUUCAUGCACUAUAUUUGGAUCAUCGCCUCGCCUCCUUCCUUAGCUUAUCCACCAAGAACACUGGGAAAUGAGUCCUUUUAGGUGGUAGCUUUCGGUGUCAUCAAUGUUUUGAUAGAGUUAGUGGCGAUACUUAAAACAUCACACUUUAGGGUUUUUUUUUUUAACCUUUGUGUCAAAAAGUAGGAAUUGGAAGUGGAAUAGGAUUUCUCCAUAGUCCCACUGUAUAGAAAACACAGUUUUGAUUCAGGCAUUAUUUUUCACACUUCAGAUUUGACUGGAUGCUGAAGACUUGUCCAUCUUGGAAGGCUAAAGGCAGAGGAAUGGGGGUUGGGCCACUCCCUUGGAGCUCUCAGAGCAGUAGACAAGUCGUGUGAACAGAUAGAUGUAAUCUUGCCCUAAAUACUAAUAUAAUGGGGAUGUGGUUUAUGUGACCUCUUGUUCCUCUGCAAAGUUUUUCUUCCUCUUUUCAGAGUUAAAAUGAAAGCAAACUAUGCUGUUGGGAUAAAGUCACAAUCAGAUGGUAUCAGUUUGGCCUGGCUGAUUUUGCUUUGGUUUUGCUGCAAUCUGACAGGAGAAUAGGGAUCAAGUUUUAAAUAACUCCCACCUCUUUUUUUCCCUAGAAUGUAAAUGGAUGGAUUCUUCCCUUUUUUCCCCACUUGCUACCCUUUUGUGUUGAAAGGGGGAUCUAAACUUCAGACUAACUCAAACCCCUCAACAUUUUUGUUGCCUGUUAAGUUUUGUGCCAAGGAUAUAACUGCCCCCAUGUUUCGUGUCUUGCCUUCUCUCAGUGAUUGGCAGAACAGAGACAUAUGCUGAGUAGUCCCAGCUUUUCAUUGAUCAUUUCUCUCUUCUCAUCCCCAGGACUUGACAGAAGCCAGGGAAAAGUUCCUGGGUUAUGUCUGAACAUACCUGUGAUUGUUGGGGUAUGGAUGGGUGUGGGCAAGAGUGUAUGAAUGCACAGGCGUUAAGGAGCUGUGUAUUGCUCAUGUUCUGAUUUUUGCAACUCGACUCUGUACUUGGAGUCGGUCUGUACAAUUAUUAUGUCAUUGUAAUGAUUUCACUUCUAACUGUGACAUUUUUAUCAAAUGUGUGAAUAAAUAUAUAAAGAUUGGUACAAAAGAGUGUUUGUCUUUGGACAUAUGGUGGGAAAUCUUGUAUAUUGAGCUGCUUGUUUCUUCCUGAUCGGAAAGUUGAAGAGUAUUUCUACAUAGGGCUGGCACAUGAAAGUAGCAGGGUGUGGUCUUCCUUGGUAGGGGCUGACACACAACUAACCACCUUGCCUUGACCAUGAACCCUUUCUAGGUGACCAGUUUGGCAACUGAAAGCAAACCAUCUAUUUCUACUUCCUUGUCUUGAUCUACUAACCCAUAUCCUUUGCUUUUAAAGAAGGAUCAACUUGAGGAAACCGUGUUUGAGCUUUGCUGACACUGAAACUUGGAGCAAGGAAAGAAGGAGAAGAUUUGAGCAUGCCAGGUCUAGUGUAGGAGGCAGACCAGGGCCCUGGCUGGAGAGGGAGGGUGGUGAGCUAAAACCCCACUUAGCUUGGUGGUAAGGCAGUUUUGCUAGAGUGUCAGUUUGUUGCAAGGCAAUUGAUAUGUUAGAGACACUUUAGAGCAUCACCUAAGUUUUGAGUUUAUGUGUGAUUCUGCCUGUGGGAAACAGUAGGUGAAUACAAAUGUACACCUGAACUGUUAAAACACUUUUCUCUAGAUUGUUCUAUAAGAUGAUCACUGGAAAGCCAUCUCUACUUGUAGACUACUUGUUAGAUGUGUGUUUAUGGGUGCCCAUGCAUCUGUAUAAUCUUAAAUUUGGGAACUUGGUGGUUCUGGCCUCUGCUCUGUUGCAGAGGCCCCCUACAUGUGACAUCCCUGGUGUGGUUCUCUAGGCGCUGUAUUAACACUUCCACUGAGAAGCACCUGUUCUUACUGAGCAACAUUUCCAUUGUUGGACAGUUCUUUCAGGAAGUUUUGUACAUUGAAACCAAAUGUGUCACCUCAGCAUCUACCCAUGAGUCAAGUGGGUCAAGCCCUGUCUUUGGAGCGACACGAGGAAAAUGUUUUCAUGGGAUAAUACUUCACAUUUUUGAAGACCGUGCUCGUGUGACCCUAACCUUUUCCCAGGCUUCAUGUCACCAGCAGCUUCAAAAGUCCUUCCAACUCUUUAUUUUGAAAAAUUUCAUAUAUAUCGAAAAAUUGAAAGUAAUAAUAAAACCUUGUAUACCCUUUCCCUACCUUUGCUGGUUGUUAAACUUGCUAUAGUGUAUGCUUUGUCUUUAUAAAUAGACUUUGCUGUGGACUGAACUGUGUCUCCUUAAAAUUCAUAUGCUGAAGUCCUAAAGCCCAAUGUGAGUUUUAGAGAUGGGGCCUCUGGGAGGGGAUUAGAUUUAGAUGAGGGUGUGAGAGUGAAGCCCUCACUGAUGGGAUUAGUCCCCUUAGAAGAAAUGCCAGAAGUUUGCUUGUUCUCCCUCUACUAUUGUGAGGAAACAGGUAGCUAUUGCAAGCCAGGGACAGUGUUUCACCAGGAACAGAAUUGGGCAGCAUCUUGAUCUUGGACUUUCAGCCUCCAAAACUGUAAAAAAUAAAGUUAUGUUUAAGUGA